AUGUCGUCUUCUAAAAAGCGAAAGAUUUCUUCGAAAACGUUGAAAGAGAAGUAUGAAGCGAUAAAGAAACUCGAAAGUGGAUGUGCAAACAAAAACGUAGCCGCAGAUUAUGAUGUUUCCCCUAGUACUCUGUCAACAUGGCUUAAAAGCAAGGAUAAAAUCGUGAAGGCUUUCGAAGGAGGAACCAGCUCGAAGACGCAGAAAUUAAAGCCAUGUGGAAAUGAAAACCUAGAACGGGCUUUGUAUACAUGGUUUGUUCAGAUGAGGCGGCAAGGUGUACCCGUUAGUGGCCCGGUACUGAGGGAGAAGGCACUCAGUUAUGCUAAAGAGAUGGACAUUAAGGAUUUCAUUGCUUCCAACGGCUGGUUCGAUCGAUGCAAUCACCACUGA